AUGUCUCCACAACACGGGGCCCCAGGCAAUGCCAGUGACGAACCGGCGUCCCCGCAUUCCUUCGUUGAAUUGAUGGCAUUAGAACGACUCGAGACAACAUACAUCUCGUCCGAAGACUCAGCUGGGCCAGACAAAAUCGAAAGGUUCCGCUCUCUGGCAGCGCCAUUUCCUCCUGGCGAGGGCACGCGCUCAUUCGGCGGACAUGUCUAUGCGCAAGCCGCAUACGCAGCGUCAAAGACUGUCGAACGGGGACUUGUAAUCCAUGAUAUGACAGGCACAUUCAUCCUCCCCGGAAAACUAGACACACCAUAUACAUAUGCAGUCCGACACAUCCGCGAUGGGUACAUGUACAGCACGCGCUCCAUCGACGCCCGCCAAAACGGCAAGAUCUGCUUCACAGCCAUCUGCAGCUUCAAGCGCGAUGAAAAACAAAGUCUAUUCAACCACCAGCCCUCAUCAGCACAAACACGCUUCAAUUCGAUCCUCACAUCCAAGCCCGCAGAAGACCAACCCCUAAGUCCAAGCGUCGAUGCAGACUGGUGGAUUGAGAAUGUCCGACGUGGCAAUAUAACCGAACGGCCAUUCCCCGGGCUAGACGUGCGUAAGACUGAUAUGGGGUCUUUCAAUGGUUCAGCGUUGGUUAAGGAGGAGCCUGAGCGGUAUCGGCAGCUUACGCAGUAUCGGCUUAAGGGGUCGCCUGAGGUUGAUGGGGAUGUUGGGUGGAAGGUUGUUAGGGAGAGGGAGGAGGCGGGUGAGGCGUUGGGAAUUCGGGCUUGGAGUGAGAUGGCUAGUUUGACGCUUACUGUUAUUGUUCAUUUGCAUGGGGAGGCGUUGAGGAUGGUCGAUUGGGGGAAGAUUGGUGCUGGGACUGGGACUGGAAAUGGGAAUGGGAAUGAGGAGUUACCAAUGAAGUGGUUUGUGCAGGAGGGAUGGACGCCUAGGGCUGCGGAGAAUCGGGCGGUGCAUGAGAGUUUCCUUUGGGGUCCUGAUGGUUCGUUGAUUGCGACUUCUUUGCAAGAUAACUAG